AAGGUGGGUGAAAGAGAAGCCACAACAACCACCACCGUCUCGGCAGCAAAAGCCAUUCAAAGCGCACACCAAACGCCAGAGAGCAAUCAGUCCUCCAUUUUCUGCCAUAGUCGCAGCAACUCAGCUCCUUUUCGUUUUGGGAUAGAUUUUUCUGCAACCGCAAUGGCUAACGCAGCGUCUGGAUUUUCUGUGGAUGAUGACUGCAAGCUGAAGUUUCUGGAAUUGAAGGCAAAGAGAACAUAUCGCUUCAUAGUGUUCAAGAUUGACGAGAAGAAAAAUGAGGUGAUUGUGGAGAAACUCGGUUGGCCAGCUGAAAGCUACGAAGACUUUACUGCAAACCUUCCUGAUAAUGAAUGCAGAUAUGCUGUCUAUGAUUUUGACUUUGUGACUGCAGAGAAUUGUCAGAAAAGCAGGAUUUUCUUCAUCGGAUGGUCUCCCGACACAGCAAGGGUGAGAAACAAGAUGAUUUAUGCAAGCUCCAAGGACAGGUUCAAGAGAGAAUUGGAUGGCAUACAAGUCGAGCUGCUGGCUAUUGAUCCGACCCAGUGGCCAUUUGUCUGAAGCUAUGUUUUACUUUCAAGUGGAAUGUUAAUAGUUUGUGGGGUUGUGAACCUGACUACAUUGUAAUACUCGGUUUGAAAUUACAUUACUGUGUUUUCUUCGACUAGAACGAGUCCUGCGAUCUCGGUUUGUAGACGAAGAUGAAAGAACUUAUGCAAUGAGUGUGUCCUUAUAGUUACAUCUAUUUAUUUCAAACCCUAAUUGAUUGUUGAAUACAAAAUUUUGUUUAAUUGA